UAAUAACAUUCACCCGUAUUCACAGCUUCAUAAACUUCAAGGGGUUUCCCAGAGAAAGACGUGUUUUAGUCACAGCCGGAUCCAGAUAUUUCUCUUCUUUACCAAUGAGUCCUAACAAAGUAGUCAUUGAAGCCAAGGUCAAGACCACAAUGUCGUUGUGGAAUAGAGCACAACAGUUACCCCAAGACGCACUUAGGCAGGUUCAAAAUGUAUACAAUGAACAGUUCCCCAUCGAAGUUCGACAUUACUUGGCUGGAUGGAUUGAAGAAAAAAUACAUCAGUGGAAUGAAAUCGAUCCAGACAACCCAGCACACAGCCAGUAUGCUCACACUAUCGUAUCACAGCUUAUCCAAGAGAUGGAAAAUAAAUCAUUGAGCUAUGUUAACAAUGAAGACCUAUUUUUAGUGCGGAUGCGUUUAAAUGAAGCUGCUAAUUUAUUUAAGACUCGGUACCUGAAUACUAAUCCAUUGGGCCUUGUGUCAAUCAUUCGUAAUUGUCUAAAUACAGAACUUAACCUCGUCCAACAACACGAAGGCAUGCUGGGUGGCGUAGGGCCAGGUAUAAACAUGAUCGUUGAACCCUGUACAGAAAUUGUUCAGGAAUUAGAGGUGCUGCACAGACGUACCCGGGAAACUGCAGAUGAGUUGCGACAGCUAGAGCAGGAACAGGAAUCGUUUGCCCUUCAGUACCAUGACUGCGCCAAGAUCAAUGCUCAUUUAUCCCACAUACAAUCACAAGAGAGAACACCCCAGAAUAGAGAUGUGGAAAUGAAUUUACGCAAACGAAAAGAAGUCGGGGAGCAGCAGUUAGCACAAAAGGUUUCCGGGUUAUUGCAACGGCGGAUGGCACUAGCAGAAAAACAUAAAGGAACCAUAGACCGACUUAACAGUUUACAGCAGCGUAUUUUAGAUGAAGAGUUGAUCAAUUGGAAGAGAGAACAGCAAAUGGCUGGGAACGGCCGACCUUUCAACCAAAAUAAACUUGAUCAAAUACAAGAGUGGUGUGAGGCUUUGGCAGAAAUAAUUUGGCUAAACAGACACCAAAUAAAAGAGUGUGAACGACAUCAAACCAAGAUUCCAAUAGCCCCUCCAGGAGGUGUUGAUAUGUUACCAACCCUCAAUUCCCAUAUCACCCGUCUUCUGUCUUCGCUUGUUACCAGCACAUUCAUUAUAGAGAAACAACCUCCACAAGUUAUGAAGACCAACACCCGUUUCACUGCUACCGUAAGGCUACUGGUUGGUGGGAAGUUGAAUGUAAAUAUGACUCCACCUCAAGUCCGGGUAUCCAUCAUCAGUGAAGCGCAGGCAAAUGCUCUUCUAAAGAAUGAUCAAAUGAACAAAGGAGAACAGUCAGGUGAAAUUCUAAAUAAUACAGGCACCAUGGAAUACCACCAGGGUACGAGGCAGCUUUCCGUCAGUUUCCGCAAUAUGCAGUUAAGAAAAAUUAAACGAGCUGAAAAGAAAGGAACAGAGUCUGUUAUGGAUGAAAAGUUUUCGCUUCUUUUCCAGUCACAAUUCAGUGUAGGAGGAGGAGAAUUAGUAUUCCAGGUGUGGACACUAUCUCUACCUGUGGUGGUCAUUGUCCAUGGUAAUCAGGAGCCACACGCCUGGGCAACCGUCUCUUGGGACAAUGCAUUUGCUGAACAAGGCCGCAUACCUUUCACAGUCCCAGAAAAGGUACCUUGGCCACAGAUAGCUGAAAUGUUAGACACAAAAUUCAAGGCUGCAACUGGCAGGGGUCUUACAGAAGAUAACCUGAAGUUCUUAGCCGGCAAAGCUUUUCGUCUUGAUAGCUCUCAAGUUCAAGACUUCACUAACAUGUUGCUGUCAUGGUCACAGUUCUGCAAGGAGCCUCUUUCUGAGCGUAAUUUCACUUUUUGGGAAUGGUUCUUUGCUGUCAUGAAGGUAACCAGAGAACACCUUCGUCAACCUUGGAAUGACGGAUCCAUCAUGGGCUUUGUUGGCCGUCGCCCAGCAGAGGACAUGCUGAAAAAUUCAAAGAGUGGAACUUUCCUCUUAAGAUUUUCUGACUCAGAAUUGGGAGGGGUUACCAUUGCAUGGAUGUAUGAAGAUACUACAAAAGCAGGUGACCAGCGUGAUGUCUUCAUGCUGCAACCUUUCACAAGCAAGGCUUUUGCAAUCCGUCCACUAGCUGAUGUUAUUGCUGACUUGAAGUAUUUGCUGUAUUUAUAUCCAAAUGUGCCUAAAGAGCAGGCAUUUGGAAAGUACUACACUCCAAUGGGAGGGGAGCAGCCCACUAAUAACGGAUAUGUGAAACCACAUCUUAUUACUCAUGUACCUGGAUGGUCAGUGGCUGGAGGGUCAAUGGAUUCUUAUCCCAACACACCACAACCGAUGUACCCAAUGCAUGACAGCAAUAUGGGUGAUCCUCCGUCCGUCAGUUCCAAUCCCUCCGACAGUGUCUCAACUGACCAAAAGCCUUCGUUGGACUCUCCUUUAUUUGAUGCUGCGAAUGUUCUGUCGGACUUCUAAUAGGUGUUGGUGAACCCUGUUAUGGCUCUUGAGUACAUUAUUGAAUGUUAAUAUACCACUGUUGUCUGAAGAGGAAGCUUGACUAUGUAAUGAGUUGACUGGUAUUAAUUUUAUUACAAAAACAGAAAGAAAAUUUUACUAAGAAUUGCAUUAUAAUGUAUCAUGUUUGGCCUACUGUAUACUACUGGAGCCUGCUGUUAUUUUGGAAUGAGGCUUCUUGUAUUAAUGUAGUGCUGAAUGUAUGUGAUUUAAGAGAUGAAAAUGAAACUUUUAUAAUAUACAUGAAACAGUAUUUUUAUAAGCUAUACAUAGUUUUAGGUUUAGCAUAUUGUGAAAUAAAUUCAUCUUACCUGCAUUUCAAAAUUGUAAAUGCCCAGGAAUUGUGCAUGACUUGUGUAUAAUUUAACUGUGAAAUACAUCUUUUUUCCUGUGCUAUAGAAAAAAUGUAUUGUCAGAAACAUUUCCUCUGAGUAUUUGUGCACAAAGGAAUAAUGGUUCCAGUGACCAGCAACAAAAGAUAUAAAACUUCAGCAGUUGCCCCCUACUGUAUUUUAGUUUUGCCUAGUGUUUUCACCAUUUCUGUAACCUCCCCCCCUCAACUUCAGUUUCUCCAGACGAUUCAUCAAGACACACGUGCAUAUCCUUCAAGUUGAGAGAAAAACAUCUGGGCAUGUAAUGGAUCUGGUCACAAUACAAGGCAAUAUAAUUUGCACAUCCAAGCUAUAUUAGAUAGAAAAACAUUUGAGUGCACUGAUCUGGCAGUAGGAGGGAUUAAAAGUGAUUUAUCAUUUUUGCUGAUGAAGAUGUGCUUUAUGGUUGAAAGAAAAUUUCCUGAAAUGAAAUGCAGUAAUUUCUCACCACUUUGCAAAAGCAUCAUUUCCGGAGCACCAGCUUUCAAGGGUCAACAUAUAUUUCAGUGUGCAAAGAUCUUGAAUAAAGAAUGAUGGAGUUUAGCCUCUUGUAUGUUGAGCUACAAGAUUAACUUGCAUUCAUGUUGUGGGGCAUGACAUUGCCAGAACUUGGCAGUCUUCGUUUCACGGUGAAUGAACUGUUGUGGUAUUUCUCGUGAAAAGUUCCUAAGCGAAGUAAUCAAGAACCAAAUGAUGCAUUUAUAUUUAGAAUCUCCUGCUUUAAUUUAAUUAUCAGUAUUAUGUUGUAUUUAGGAUAUCAUUGCAUGUUGUAUGAGUUGUGUUUUUAUUUAUUGAAUUUUUUACUCUUAUUUAUCUGAAGUGACUAGAUUGGCAAACUAAUCUAGUAUAUAUUAUUUUAGGGAUAAAUGAUUGUUUUAAAAGUCCAUGACUCGUGAAUGAAAGAAUAUGCUCAUUUGAGCAUCAACAGUAGGCUCAUUUGAGCAUCAACAGUAGUAAUUUGUCAUUUUGUGUUACCCCUAAUAAAAUUAAGAAAGCACUAACCUCUUAUAAUUCUUUUGCAUGUCCAUGAAAUAUCUCAUUUGUGGUGAUAGGUUUGAGUUGAAUAAGAGCCGUAUAGUAAACAAUUGGAAGUCAAGAAGUGCAGAAUCAAAAUACUUUAGCAGUUUAGGCCAUCUUUCACAAGAAUUUUAUUUUCUAUCAUUGUUAAAUCUUGAACAUUAAUUAUUAGAAUUCCACUUUAAAUAGUGGGAUAACUUAGAAGAGGAAAUGCUGUAUACAGUUGAUUCUUUUAACAACCACUGACAGAUAUUGAAUUCAAGUAGAACUCAACUGGCGGUCCAAAACUGACAUUUAACUUGGCAGUGCAGUUUAAUAGCCGUGCAACAACCUUUUAUAUUCACAGUCAAGGACAUGUUUUCACUUUAUAUGAAUUAUGAAGCUUGCAUAAUUGUAUUAUAUGAACUACUUGAUGUUUAAUAUGUGAAUCGUUGCUUUGAAGCUGCAGUGCUCUGAGCUUAAGUAGUUUUUUCAGGGUAGGGUGGAAAAUAAUAUUCACUAAAUUUUUAACCUGUUCAGACAUGUUGAAGGUUUUUGGUUACUUGUUAAUCUUUAAACAGAAUUUGGCCCUUUUCACAUUUUGGUUUUUUACUUUUUCUUGCCAUAGAAUUUUUACUUUUAAGUGUUGAUGUUGUACAAAACAUUAAUGUUUCUAUAUGGUUGUUUUGACAGUUUUCCAUUUCUUGCUCUUACUGAUUUAACACUUGGCUUAGUCUUCCCCCAAAGGUUUGAUAAUACUUUCAUUAGAUCUGUUCUAUAUUACUGGUUACUACCAUUUCUUUGAGGCUCAAGGAUAGGCUGUGUAGGCAGUAGUAGCUAGGUGUUAAAGUAAUGACAUUGGUCACAGUGCUUGGCCUUUGACCUAAAUUCCAUAUUCAGUUCAAUUCUAAUAGGAUAUUUUCGUGUGAAAUCCACCCAAAUCCACAGUUAUUGUGAUCAUAUGAUUAAGAUGAAGCUUUUGUAAAGGAUUUCUUAAAAUUGUCAAAUAUUUUGUGAAAUAUCCCAUGUACUAAUUAGAUGCCCUCUCACAUGCCCAUUGCCUAGUAAUGAAUUAUAGGAGUGAAAUGAAAUGAAAAAUGGUUCUGACACAAAGAUAACAGGUGUUUAGAAACCCGUUUUUCUUUAUAAAUUGCAAUUGUGAAAAGAUAUUGAAAUAUAUGAUACAUUAUACUGUAGACAUGCAUGAUUCAAAUAGAAGGAUUCCAUGUUUAUUCACUUGGAGGGAAGUAUCGUUUCAUCUCACUGUGAUCUAGAAAUGUCUUUUGCCUAGCAUGAAUGAGUCAGCCUUAAAACUCGAUGUAGCAAUACUGUGGGGUAGUACAGUUAUUGUUUUCAUGAUACAAUAUUCACAAUUAUUACAGCCUCUACAUCUAAAUUGUUUCUUGUAUCAUAUAUAAUUAAAGUAUGAAACAUUAUCAUUAACUUGAAGGUACUCUUUUAUUUUUGGAAGUACAUCAUAGGUUCUCAGACUGAUUUUGGAGUGAACAUACUUUUCAUUACAUGAAACUUCUUUAUCAGAUUGUACCACUGUCAGUUAAUAAAACAUUAUCUUGUUCAACAUCAACUGUUGUACUUAGCUGAUGGUUUUGAGACAUUUUGCUUGCUUUUAAAUUGCCUGAUGUGCAAAAAUUAACUCACCGGCAUCAUCUUUUCAUCAGCUUGUCUUUCAAUGUAAUUUUCUUGAAUUUUUUGUAGAAAUAGUUUACUACUUCUAUGUUUAUGUUUUCUUGUCUUGUAUUAUUUAUAAGUUACAUUAGUGAAUAAGGGUUCAGUGAAAAGGUUCAAGGAAGAGGGUUCUCUAAUAUAACUUGAAGAAAUAAAGAAAUGGAAAGUACUAUUUUGGGUGAUAAACUAAGCAGUGCAGUUUUAUCAUAUAUCGCACAGUAGUUUGAUAUAUAAGAAAAGCUUAGUGAGCCAUGUUAAUAUGGUUUGUGGAAUAUUACAAAGAAGGAAAAACUAGUGUGAUAUGAAGUCAAGCUGAGAUUAAGUUACUGAAAAGUGGAACAUGGAAAACAUUUGUAAAAUAUUCUGAUAAUGAUAAAGAAUCCAUAAACUUGAAGUUAAAGAGGAAAAAUGUGAGUUAUUAACUAUGCUGAAGACACCAUAAUCUCCACCAACUGCUGGACAAUUGCAAUAAAAGAUUUUAUAACUUUCACACCCUCCUCUAUUAAUAGCAUCUUGUGUAGUGCAGUGUAGGUGUUGGAAUAAGCAGGUAAAGACCUAAUAAGAGUUUCUACCUAGACUCCAAAGCAAGGAAUGGGGGCUACUUAAGUUAAUUGUACUUGAUGCUGGAUAUUUCCCACUAAAGUUGAUGUAAAUGUAUCAGUGCAUCAGUAAAUAUAUACAACUUCCUUACCCACAAGAAAAAGGACUUGACUAUUGGUGAAUGGGCCAGAUUGCAUUCAUAAGCUGUGGGUCAAGAGUAGGAUCUACAAAAAAGGGGGUCGCUGCAGUUGUUGAAAAAACUGAAGUUAAUGCUUGAUGUAUAUGGUUUAAAAUUUUCACAUGUAGCCAGCCCUCAACUAUUGCUUGUAUGAAGGGUUGUGCUCUAGACAUUAAAUCUUGUUUUAUCAUUCACUUGUUGCAAAUUUUACUAGUGGUCCCUAAAGAAACUUUAAAACCUGAAUAAAUUAUAAGCAAUUUUUAUCUUUGUAAGUGAUGUAAUAGUUGACAAGGCCUUUAUCAUCAUUUCUCAUGGAUUGUUGCAAAACAUGCUAGUCAUUAUUGCCAGCAUUUUUACAGACUAGGCCUUAUAUCUUAUUGCAGCUUGCUGAAGGAAAGUUGUAAUCUUGAAGUCUAUUUCACAUUGUGUUUCGGUUUUCAUUAGUAAUAUAUUCAAGGUGGGAUGCUAGUUUUCUGUUAAGAUGACUGGAGUUUAUAGCUAACCUUUCUUUGACAGCAUGUACAUGUAUUGUUAUGGAAAAUAUGAUGAAACUUACAAGUUCUGCAAAGUCAGCAGUAUAUUUUCUUGCUAUUUUUAUUAAUAAGCACAAGCCAUAUCAUAACAUCAAAUGUCCAGGUGAGUAUAGUUUCAAGUGAACUCUUGAGCUUUUCCUAUUUUUUGUGAUCUUUUAAAAUGUAGAGAUACUAAGGUAUUGUGCUCAAUAACAGCCCUGUAAUUGUUGUAUACUUUAUAUUAUCACAAGAACUCACGGUGAACUGAAGUGAAUGAAGUUUGCCAUGAGAGUUUCACUUUACUUUCACUGAAUUAACAAUUUUUCUUGAUCAGUGAUGGUAGAUUAUAGAAAAACAUAAGACUACCUACCUUCCCAUCAUUCAAAUGCUAUGUGGAAAUUUUAAUUUUUGUUCUUAAAAAUUAAUUACACAGUGCAGUCUGUAACCUGAAAUUUAAAAUGAGGAAGUCUAGGAAUUGCUAUAGUAGUAUUUUUUUUCAACUGCACAAUAUUAUGAUAUAAUAUAGACAAAGGCCAGCUACAUCUUAGUAGUAUAUCAACAGCAUUUGCACCAGCUCAAAAUCCCUUGCUAAAUAUUUUUGUAGUGACAUUCACUGAAAAGUCUAUUAUUACAAAAGUUUAUUUUGGGGGAAAUACUUGUUCGUAGAACAUAGAUACUUUCAUGUGAGUCAGGUGUGGUUGUUUAGGUUUAGUAACCUGUUGAGGGCAGUAUUAAAUGUUUACUGUUUUUUCGUAUUACAUUUGUUUGUAAGUAGAUUGGCAAUGAUGUCCACUGGAAAUUUUUAGAAAAUAUUGUAUGUCAGUUGCCAAAGAUUCAUACAUGAAUGAUCUCAAAUUGUUUUAAAGCAUUCCAGUUGAUAAACUGUCUAAAUGUGCAUAUUAUGUUGUCACUGUAUUCUGUGUUGAUAUUUCUUACCACGUUGGUGAUUGUUGAAAGGGUAGAAAGAACAGCUUGUGCUGUUCUGAAUUUUCAGUGGGUUUGGAAUUUUGAUGCUGCUUCAAGUCACUGAAUACUAAAGAACAAAGAACUUCACAUUUUUCUAUAGAAUUCUUGUUUCCAUCUCAUGAUUUAGACAUUGAGUGUAGGAGGUCCUUUUGUGGUGUUCAUUUUUUUUUUUAUUUUAUUUUUUGUUUGUGGGUGCAUCAGUAUACAAUAUUCUUAGGGUUGAUUUCUGAUACUUAUGCUGUAAAAAUAAUGGAAUUCUAAUUAAAUCUUGGUAAUUGUUAAUAAAAUAGGCAUAUUGUAUUGAGGAUUAGAUUCUUACUAUAAGAAUGCCAUAUAUUUUUGUAUAAAAGAAAGGAUUUUAAGGUGCAUUUGCUGGUACCUUUAAAUUUAUGUAUAGAUCUUUCAGGUCUAAAAGCUUUCUUAACUUUCCUUUUAGUGUUACUUCAUUUGUAGACCCAUGACUAAAAUUAUAAACUAGUUACUGGUGCAUUGUGCUUUUCAUUCUGAAAUCCAGGACAUCACAGGCAAAUUAUUUUAAAAUUUAUUUAUUGAAAUAGAAAGUGUGUGUGUACUUGUUUGAAAUCUGGAUUAUAAGUUUAAUGGUUGUCAUUUUUCUUGGCAGAGUAGAAAAUCAACUGGGUUAGAUAUGAAUGAUAGCCUGUAUUCAUUGAAUAUGUUUGAGGCUUGAAAAUGAUUUCAUUGAAAGGUAAAAAGCAGUAUUUGGCUAAGUUGGUGUUUUUUCAAUGCAAUUUCAAGAUGAUAUGUUUGCCCUUUGUAACUGUCAUGCUUCUUUUUGCUGUGCCGUCCAUGGAAUUGAUGUAAUGUGCAAUUCUGACUUUGCUUGCAGAAAAUGAUGGGAUCUGAGUUGUCCUCUUCUUUAGUGCUAUUAUCAGUAGGCUUCUCCAAAUCUCUAGCUGUUUUCUGUACCUCAGCUUUGAAGAAUAUCCAUACUUAAGACCUCUUUAAUUUCUUCAUUUUCUGUUAGUCUUGUUAGAGGUAUUUCGUCAUAGCAUUGAUGCCUUUUCAAGAUAAGGGGUAUACUUUUGUGUGGAAGGAGUACUUAUUUAGGGCACCUCUUAAACUGUAAAUAAUGUACCAAUGUGAACAACUGCAACCCUAGAGGUUCAGUUCACAAUUUGUGUCUUCACAACUAAUGUAAUGUAUGAUGUUUUGAGGUACUGUAAUCAUCAGCUACUUGACAAAGCAGUCUCACUUCUUAAGGGUGUACAUCGUUCCUUGUUACUGAAUCAGGGCUUGCUUUCUCAUUACUGUAUAACAAGAAUUGCACUUUUGUCUGUAACUCAUUUGAAUGUUGAUGCUUUAAGGCAAUUUCAAGUAUAGUGAUGUAAAUAAAUGUCAUUUUUCAGUAGUCAUUUAAGUCACAUAGCUGUGGAUUAUGGUGAUGUCUUGCCCAUACAGCACAGCAUUUUGGUUUCCCUAAUUCAUAAAAACACAGAAUACUACAGUGUGUAUUCUGUGUUUCAUUGAAAAGAUAUUCUCCAUCAAAACAGAAAAGCUGCAUAAAUACUGUACUGGCUUUUUUUUUCCCCCUUUUUCUUUCUAAGCUGAAACCUUUGAAUAGGAAUUUCCUACUUGUAAGUAAUGAAAUUAUUGCUGUAACGGGAGAGAUGCUCAGUACUGUAAUACAAUGAACUUUGUUCAGCUUCUUAGAAAGGAGGAAUUGGUAGAUUUAAAGAUAUCAGAAUUUGAAUGAGUAUUGUAGAAUGUUUUUAAUGUGUGCAGCAAGGCAGUGCAUGUGAACACAUGCAUGAAGUUGGUAUAUGGAAAGAAUUGAUAAUAUACAUAUAAAUAACAGUUGAAUUUACUGGUUUAGUUUUGAUUAUAGACACUGCUGUAAAUCAAUUCAAAACAAGCUGCAUUGGCAUUUUAUGGUGCUCUGAGUUGGACUCCAUUUAAAGUGGAGGCCAUGUUAUGUGUGACUUUUAUUUUUAAAAUAACAUUAUUUUUAAAAUAACAUUAUGUAGGAAACAAAUGCAUAAAAAAAGCUCAUUGUGAAACAGAGAAGAGAUUGUAUAACAUAAAGUGAUGAAGUGAUGAGGGUUACAAGCGUUAUUGCCAUUUUAGAUGGUGAAUGACUUGAAAUAUAAUGUUGUGUUUUCGUUUGGUUGAAUUUUCAUAGAUAUAAUUUGAUGUUAUCUUGGAUGUGAUAGCCUUUUUUGUGAAUUCACAAGUGCUCAGAGUACAAAAAAUAAGAAUACUAAUCAGCUCUGUAAUCCGUAGUUUUCAAUUUACACUAUUUUAGGCUGAAAAAAAUAUAAAGUAGUUAUUUUGCUUGUUUUUCAAAAGCUUGGAUGGAAAUAAACUGCCUCAGAUAGUUUAAACAGUAGAUUAUAUUAAUUCUUGUAGCACUUGAUAUCUUGAUAUCAUAAUCCUCAGGGACUGAAGAUAAAAUUUAAUUUUCCUUGUUUUCAUUUAGUAAAUUUUCUACGUCUUUCAGCAUCAGGAAUACAAUAUUCCAAAGGCACUAAAAAAGGUUAUUGUCAUCUUUUAACUUGUGUACCACUGUUUUUGGACUAUUUCAUUAAUGAUGAAUAGAUUUUGAUGUCUAAUAAGAUGACUUAAUUUUCAUGUGGCUUUGAACUUGGACAUGACAAAAGCACUGUGAAUUUAUUGAAUACCUUUAAUAUAGUUUUUAACGAGAAUAUGAUUCCCUUUCUUUUAUAAGAUUUUGUACAAUCCCUGUGUUUGUUUAAAGGCAGCCGUUGCCUUAUAGGAACCCUAACUUUGGUAUGAAGUAGGUAUCUGUAAGGUAAUGGUUUGCAUCUUGAGGUAUUAGAUUCUUUUUGUUUAAUUACGUAUCUUAAAAUCUGUCAUACUUUUUUUGCAUCAUUCAUACGAAGUGUUUUAUUUUUGCUUAUAUACAACACUUCACUGUUCAUGAUGAUUUUUGGGAUGUGUGGUUGUUGAAUGUAUGUUUUAUUAUCAGUUGACAAACUCACAUGUAUUUUGUGUCUGUGCCAAAUGUAGUUUCUUUAUGUAUAUUAGUUACUGAAGUAUGAUAAUAAGAACAGGAAGUGUUUCAUUAUAACAGUAUUAUGAUUAAUUGCUAAUUUUAAUGAUUGUUUAUAAUGAAGAUGAUUAUUAUUACUGUACUGUUAUUUUAAUGAUGUUCAUUAGCUUUUUUUAUGAAAACAUUUGCACCUUAUUUUUUUAUGUUCAUAGUGUAUCCUUUGGUGGAAUGUAAUAUGUAAUAUGAUGCACUGUAACUUGAAAUAAACAGUGAUUCACA